AUGGCGACACCACAAUUCCCCUCGCGGCCAUUCACAGGCUUGGGCAGGGCGUCGACAGUAGGACAGCAACAGCAACAACAACAACAAGCAGCACCGCCACACGCAAAUGUAUACCAACCACCGAGUUAUGGCGGGCCGAGCAAUACAUAUGGGGCUGGAGCAGGCGCAGGAGCCGGCCAACGAGACGCCAUGGCGCGACAGGAGCGCGAGCGCAUAGACCGAGAGCGACGGGAAGCAGAAGAGCGAGCCGGCGCACUAGACGCACUGAGCGAAGAGCAGCGAGAAGAGAUAAACGAAGCUUUCUCNCUCUUCGACCUCGACAAAGACAACCACAUCGACUACCACGAGCUCAAAGUCGCCCUCAAAGCCCUCGGCUUCGACCUCCCAAAAUCAGACAUCUUGUCCCUACUCCAAACCCACGGUAUCCCCGCCUCUGCCACCUCCACCCAUCCUGCCACCUCCGCCUCUGCAACGACAAAACCCACUUUUUCAGGUCCUGCACGAUUGGUACUUCCCCACGCCUCUUUUGUUUCCAUCGCCGCCUCUCGUAUCCUUGCCCGCGACCCCCGCGACGAGAUCUUACGGGCAUUUGAGCUGUUUGAUGCGGAGGGCAAGGGGAAUAUCAAUCUACAGGAUUUGAGGCGCGUGGCUAGGGAGUUGGGGGAGGGGUUGCAAGAGGAAGAGUUGGUGGCUAUGAUUGAGGAGUUUGAUCUCGAUGGCGAUGGUGCAAUUUCCAGGGAUGAAUUUGUGGGUAUUUGUUUGGGGUGA